AUGAUGGUACAUUUAUUCCAUAAGAACAUCAAUGGUAGUUCUAUAGACAGCUCUUACAUCAACAGGAUACCAGUACAGGCAUUUCAACAUGGAUCUGAAGCUAUCAGUUAUACACUUGUUUUCUUUGAUGAUUCAUCACCAAGUUGGAAACCCAAAUCCAGACCAGCAUAGCGUGAUUCCAUUGUAACCAAGAAUGAAGGAAACGACGUUAAAUUAACUUGUGGUGUGAAUGGCAACCCUAAACCAUCCAUUAUAUGGUAUAGAGAUGGAAGAAUGUUUGAUGAUAAGAAAAGAUCAAAGACAAAGAUGCGCAGGUACUCACUGAUAAUGAGAGAUGCCAAGGUUGAUGAUGAGGAAGAUUACCAAUGUUUAGUGAAAAAUGAAUAUGGCAGUCUAAAUUUUGCAUUCUAUGUAACAGUCGCAAAGCUGACAUGGCCUUUAGAAGUAGAAGAGCCUCAAAAUCAGACUGUAAAUGAAGGUGAUGAUGCUAUAUUUACUUGCCGACCUUUGAAUGAUCCUGAGGUCACAAUUAAAUGGGUGAAAGGAAUCAAACAGGUUUACAUAGAGGUAUUUUUAAAACAUCAAAUAUUCCUUCAAAUUCAGAUUUUAGAAAAUAAGGAGAUGUUAGUUCUACGCAGUGUAACCAUGAAAGAUGCUGGACAUUAUGUUUGUUUUGUUGGUAAAUAUUUUGGUUUGAAACAAGUGGAUGUAUGGUUGAAAGUCAUGCCAACACCUACACCGACUACCACUACAACAAAUCCUAGAAAAGAAGAAGAUAUAAGAAUAUCAGCAUAAAAUAAAUGGUCAGUAAAGCAGGCGAGACAUUCCAGCGUGUGCACUCUUGUACUUCUCUCUUGCAAUUUCCAAAGCUAGUGAUGAG